CAGAAAAUAGCUUUCAUGACAGAGGAGCUGUGCUCAGUGUUGGACUACGCCACCUGGGGGAAGUAUUUGGGGAGAGGACGGUACAUCAGCAGACGUGGCUGGUGCCACAGUAAAUUGUGUCCGUUAGCUCCCGUCUCCCAGCACACAGGCAGCAGAAUGUCAGUGGAGGACAAGCCCAGGCCGCGGCCGCAGACCGUAAACCCCAUCAAAAACUUCUUCGCCGGUGGUUUCGGCGGGGUGUGCCUGGUGUUCGCCGGUCACCCGCUAGACACCAUCAAAGUGCGGUUACAGACACAGCCGAAGCCCCUACCUGGCCAGCCUCCCAAAUUCAAAGGGACUUUUGACUGCUUCCGCAAGACCCUGGUGGGAGAGGGUGUGAAGGGUUUGUACAAGGGAAUGGCUGCCCCGAUUAUUGGUGUUACUCCAAUGUUUGCUGUCUGCUUCUUUGGCUUUGGUUUGGGCAAAAAACUACAACAGAAGCAUCCUGAAGAUGUCCUCACAUAUCCACAGUUGUUUGCUGCAGGAAUGCUCUCAGGGGUGUUUACCACUGCCAUCAUGGCACCAGGAGAAAGGAUCAAGUGUCUUCUGCAGAUUCAGGUGACAUCUGGUGAGACAAAGUAUGCUGGCCCGGUGGAUUGUGCAAAACAGAUCUACAGGACGAUGGGCAUUCGGGGCAUCUACAAGGGAACAGCCCUCACCCUCAUGAGAGAUGUCCCUGCAAGUGGAGUGUAUUUCAUGACAUACGAGUGGUUGAAAAAUUCACUUACUCCAGAAGGACAAAAGAUGAAUAUCGAGAUCCCGCCCGGCCUCACCGACCUGCUGCAGGGCUACACCGUGGAGGUGCUCCGGCACCGGCCCGCCGACCUGGUCGAGUUCGCCAUCCAGUACUUCACCCGGCUGAAGGAGAAGGAGGAGCAGGCCGAGGGCCGGCGGCCCAGCGAUGCCGACGCCGAUGCCAUGCAGACCGAGUCCAACGGGGACAACGGCGACACCGACACCGAAACCGACAGCGAGUCGGACUUUGAAGAACCAGUUAUUAACAGAUUAAGCAGAAGAGUUUCAGUUUGUGCAGAAGCUUUUAACCCAGAUGAAGAUGAUGAGGAUGAUAUGGAACCCAGGGUGGUUUAUCCAAAGACAGAUGAUCAGCGAUCUAGAUUGCAGGAGGCCUGUAAGGAUAUUGUUCUCUUCAGAAAUCUUGACCAGGAACAAAUAUAUGAAAUUCUUGAUGCAAUGUUCGAGAGAAAAGUUGAACCAUCAGAGCAUGUCAUUGACCAAGAUGAUGAUGGAGACAAUUUCUAUGUAAUUGAACGAGGUACAUAUGAUAUAUAUGUAAAUAAGGGUGGGCAGCCUCAGCUUGUUGGCAAAUAUGACAAUCACGGCAGCUUUGGUGAGCUGGCACUCAUGUACAACACUCCAAGGGCUGCUACUAUCAUCGCUACCACGGAAGGAGCUCUUUGGGGGCUGGACCGUGUCACGUUUCGGCGAAUAAUUGUGAAAAACAAUGCAAAGAAGAGGAAGAUGUAUGAAUUAUUCAUUGAAUCAGUUCCCCUGUUGAAAUCACUGGAGCUUUCAGAAAGAAUGAAGAUUGUUGACGUAAUAGGAGAGAGGUCAUAUCAGGAUAAUGAACUUAUCAUUAAACAGGGAGAUAAGGCAGACUGCUUCUACAUUGUAGAGUCUGGUGAAGUGAAGAUUAUGAUCAAGAGCAAGACACUGGCAGAUCAAGAGGACAAUGCGGAGGUGGAAAUUGCCAGAUGUGUGAAGGGGCAGUAUUUUGGCGAACUGGCACUGGUGACCAACAAACCUAGAGCAGCUUCAGCGUAUGCAGUUGGAGAUGUCAAAUGCUUAGUGAUGGAUAUCCAAGCAUUUGAACGGUUAUUAGGUCCUUGCAUGGACAUCAUGAAGAGAAAUAUAGUGAAUUAUGAAGAGCAACUAGUCGCCUUGUUUGGUACCAGUUUGGACUUGGAGAAUCCUGGUUUAUAGGCACUAUGUUAUCCAGUGCCUUUUCAGUUUGAUGGAAGCAAAGUGAAAAAUACCCAUAAACACACAAAAACACCCACAGAGGAAAAAAAAAAGCAGUAAAUGAGCAAAACAGCAUUUUCUGCCUCUUUCCAUGCCGUGGGGAACCACUAUGAUGAAAUACAUUACCACCUAGCCAGGGAUGGGAAAAUGUAUGGCAAAUGUUCUGUUUUUCUUUUGUUAUCUGCCUUCUUGGUUUCAAAGCAUAUUCUGUAUCUUGGGCUGAUCUUCUUCCAAAAGCAGAAAAGAAUUGUUGAUUUAUGAAUUAUCAAACUAAACCACAAAGACAAAUACUAAAUGUAAUUUUUGAUAAGAUGAAAUGAGCAGAUUCUGUGUUUCUUUGUUAUUUAUAUACGUAAGUGACCAGUUCUUGCCAAAAAAAAAACCUAAAAAAAAAGAUAAUGGUUGUUGUAAAGCUUUGAUUGCUUCUGUGGUUUCACCACUGGGUGAUACUUUGAAAAGUAUUUGGAUAGGUUUAAUGUUUCAUAUAAAACUGACUUCUUUAAAGUUCCUUGAAUUAUGUUGAAUAGAUUACCAAAGUUGCUUCGAUUCAAGAGGUUUCUGAAAUGAAAAGUUGUGCAUCUGUGGUGGAUUUUCAGUAUAAUAUUGUUUCACAGUGCAAAACAAUACAUAAGUUGGGUGAAACGUGUGAUGGUGGGUAUAUAAAAGAAGACCACUCAUACAAUUAUAACAGUUCUGUUGUUGGGUUUGUCUCCUUUCUUUUUACCCUGUGCAGUACCAAACAGACGUAUUGGAACAAUGAUGUUGUUCCCUUAAGUGUCAAAUCAUUGCAUAAAAAUGGCACUUACCAUACCCUCUCCCCCUUUUGUUGUGCUUUUGUAAUGGGUGAGUUGGAAUAUGUGUUUCUUUAGACAUUUGAGCUUUCUUGGGUUCACAAUGUUAAUGCUACAUGGGCACCCCAAGGUACUGGUGUAUGCUGAGACUGCUACCAAAAAUAGAUGUAAAAUUUUCUGUCGCUUUUAGUUUCCAUCUUGUUGCUUUUCCUGAUAGCCCCAUUUCCUAAUAUUCAGAUCAGAACUUGGUACGAGAUAUUUUCAACUCACUUGUUUGUUCAGGAAUUGGCAGGCUGGUAUGAGUCUUGAAAGUCAUCACUGCCAAGUUUUUUCACCCCAUCACCAGCAAAUCCAUUCCCACUCCACGCCCAAAGCACUCCUUGACUUUGCGCUGCUCCCUUCAGAGAAGUGUUGAGCGGGUUGAUAGAGGCUUACGUUGAAGAGUCGUAGAUGUUAGCUGAAAGCUCUGAACUCGCUCAGUGCUUGAGAGAUAUGACAUGAUAAGCUGUUCAAGCUGUAGGGGCCGAUUCACUGAGAACUUUGUCCCACAAUACAGAUGUAUCACAGCCAUUGAAUCAUUGUUGGCCUUGGCUUAAGAGUUUUACAAUGAAUUAGAAACUAUUCACUGUGAGAUGAAUAAGGUCAUCAUUUUAUCCUGGAUUCAACAAUAUCUCAAACCCAGGUCCAAAGGUGUAGAAAUGUUUGAUUAAGGGCAUAUUUAUUUUCAGUGUAUAUUUCCUUCCAUAAAUCUGUGGUGUGCCCUUGAAUAAAUUUAACAUACCAAUCAUCUGUGUUUUUCUUAAUGGACCACAUGCGUGGUAGAUGUAGUUGCCUGUUGUCCAUGCAGAUACUGGUAAGUAUACUAAAAGGAGGCAAAAUCUUCUAGUAUCCUUUCUUAUUCCUUGUCAGAAUGGCCUUGGGCUUUAUUCUGCAGUCCCAACUGGAUUUGUUUUCCUGAGAUAUUUCAUGCAGGAUGUGAGUGAAGGGCUCAUCACCCCUUGGUUUCACUUUGAUUGGUGUCCUGCUGACAACAGAACUGCAGUUGACAGCAGGAUUGCAGUUAGCAAGUAGAAAACUCCUAUUAGGCUGCACUCCCCAGUGAAACAUUGCCGCAGAGUGAGGUACAGAAGGUCAAUGGAUGCCUGUGGAAACUGCAGAGUUGUUGUUAUUGUCAGGUUUUUGAAGGGGGUGCAAAUUGACAGGAAAAGUUACAAGAGGACUUGAGUAUUCUUUGUCAAAUCAGUUUAUUUGUAUUUUUUUAGUUUUGAGUUAUUAUUUCAACAAAGUCUGCACUUGCUGUCUUUACUGCUGGUGGUCAACACUAGGACUUGCAUGCUGCCCAAGAGCCAAGUGCAGCUUUCUGUGGGUAUUGAAGAUCAAGAUCAGCUGUCUAGCAUCUGCUUUCUGUAAGCUGCAUCUUGUCCCUGCUACAGCAGCUCAUAAAGGCCAGCUGCUGAUUUGAAAGUAUGCUUUUUUCUCAGGAGGAGGUUGACAUAAGGUAUUUAAUAUCUUUAAGUAUUUUAUUUUAAGGCCAAAGUCUUAGCAAGUUUACUGAGACCAUCUGUAAGGACUAACCAUCAGGGUAGAAGUAACAAACUUAAAAAAGUGACAAUUCACUUGUAGCUAAGUCCCUUAAAUACACCUUGCGAAUGGUUAAUGAGAAUGGCAUCAAUAUUUUGUCCCCUCACCACAGCACUCUCAAACAUUUUGCUGCAAGCAAUGAGCCAUAUUGCUUGACAUUUCAUUCACAUGUCAUGUUCUGUUCAGAUUUGGAUCCAUGAUUCUGCUUGGGAUUGUCAUAGUUUUAAUGUUGCAUUAAGCAUCUGGUUUCUGCUAUCCUUGUUUCCAUGCUUCGCUUUAAUUUGAGAUCCAUUUGAAAGCCAUUUGUCUUCAGAUUUUUACAGCUUAUAAUUACGGCUAAUAUUCAAAGCUCAGAUAAAGAACUGAAAGAUAUUAUAAAUGUGACAGCACCUUAUAUUCUGAGUGGAUAGCCUCCGACCUGAUGGCAUGAAUAUCAACUUCUCCUUCUGAUUAAAAAAAAAAAUUCCCUUCCCCUUCACUCUUCUAUUCUCCACUCUAUCCACCUUUCCCUCACCCCACCAUUUUAUUCUGGCAUCUUACCACUUCCUUUUCAGUCCUGGUGAAGGGUCUUGGCCUGAAAUGUCAACAGUUUAUUAAUUUUUAUAGAUGCUGCCUGACCUGUUGAGUUCCUCCAGCAUUUUGUGUGUGUUGCUACAGAAAGUUACUAGUUUUGAUUGUAUACCGAUGCAUAUUAUAUUGAAUGCAGUUCAAUCUUUUUGAUUUUUAAGAUCUUGACUAUGUAUUGAAUAACAUUCCAACAGAAUUCUUAGAGUAGAGGCCUUAAUUGAAGAUGAUAGAAUGGGUUAGUUGCCUAUGAAAGAGGAAUUGUUUUGCAUAGAAUCUUUACAGCCUUUCGAAAACUGCUAAGAGCUGGGUGUUGCUGUGACUGCACAAUCCUUUGGGCUAGGUCUGCCCUACUUUUCAUAUUCAGAGGUACGUUUUCAGUGACACUUGACACUUAGAACUGUAUUUAAGUGAGCUCUGAAUGAGAGUUCUGGUUAGAUAACGGUAAUAAUACAUCACAGCUGAGCUCGGUCCUUUCUCUUUUCAUUUAUCUACAGGGUCACAUUUUCUGGCUGGAAUGGUUUUGCCUUAUUAAUGAUGAUAAGUUGAGCUAAAAUUGGUUAUCUUUCCAGCCGCAGAGUCAGUUCCCUCGAGUACAGUUGUAGUAUUGCAGUUGUUAGGAAUUUACAUGUUUUACCAUUUAUAUUUCUGAUCUAUCAUAAAAUCUCUCAAGUGUACAACAUGCAGGAAAAUUGUACUUUAGAAACCUGUAGUUAAGGUGAGAUGCUGCACUGCAUGCUAUUUAUGUGCUUCAUUAGGAUUUUCCUGCCCAUUGCCAAAAAUGUUUGAACUUUCUGGGCCAAAUAUACAAAGCCUGCAGCAUUGUGAAGGUGACAGUGUGAAUCGAAUGGAAAAUAUUGGAAUAGUUGUUAUGACCAAUAAAAGUGGUAAAAUUUGUAGACUCCGUACAACUGCAAGCCAAAAUGCAUCUUCAGUUUUUUCUUCCGAAUUUUAGUACCACAUGACACAUCUGUGAACCCCAUCUUACUGAUGUGAUGUUCCAAUUUUUCAGAAUAUUUAGUCUCAUUUCACAUCAACAGGUUUCAAAUUUCAGUUGGCACGUGGCCAAGUGGUUAAGGCAUUCGUCUAGUGAUCUGAAGGUCGCUAGUUCGAGCCUUGGCUGAGGCUGCGUGUGUGUCCUUGAGCAAGGCACUUAACCACACAUUGCUCUGCGAUGACACCGGUGCCAAGCUGUAUGGGUCCUAAUGCCCUUCUCUUGGAGAACAUAGAUGGCGUGGAGAGGUGAGACUUGCAGCUUGGGUAACUGCUGGUCUUCCAUAUAAAAAACCUUGCCCAGGCUUACACCCUGGAAACUUUCCAAAGGUACAAAUCCAUGGUCUAUUGAGACUAACGAAGGCCUACAUUUCAAAUUUCACAUUACCAAUAUGAUAAAUUAAGUGCAUCUUAAUGCACACCACAAAUUUCUGUCCCCUCUCUAUGUAACAAUAUACUACUAAACGUCUAUGCACCUUGUCUCGAGUCACUUAUGUAAUACCAAAACAACACAAACAGAAUGCUGGAGGAACUCAUCAGGUCAGGUGGCAUCUAUGGAAAUGAAUAGAUAGUUGACAUUUCGGAGCUGGGCUUAAAUUGAGGAUUGUUGGCUGGCACAGCUCAAAGGGCCACCCGUAGAUGCCACCUUGAAACGUCGACUAUCCAUUUCCAUAGAUGCUGCCUGACCUGCCGAGUUCAUCCAGCAUUUUGUUUGUUGCUUUGGAUUUCCAGCACCUGCAGAAUCUCUCGUGUAUGAUUAUGUAACACCAAGUACUUUUGUAUUGCAUGUUCUUUAAUACGUAGUUCAGUAUUCCUAAUAAACCUUCAUAAACUUUAUAUGAGCCAUUGGCUGACUUCUCAACAAUCAGUUUUAUCUGAUCCUAAUCAAACCUGCUUUUCCCAAUUGUUUAUCCACUUUAUAUUCUAAUGCUGGCUAACGUAUCCAUAACAAUUCUCCAUAAAAAGGCCCUAAAACACAAUAAUCUCUAUCAAUGAACACACUAUAUAGUACAAAGAUUAAGUGUUUUUUAAAAAAAAAUCAUGCCAUGAUUAGAAGCAUUUGAUCUCAUUUACCCUUUAAUCUGUUUCUGUCUUGGACUUCACCAUGAUGGAUUAAGCUGCCAUUUGAGCUGACCUGCCUCAUGAGAUGACUGCCUUGUUAUCAUGUCUGGAUAUCAGCUGCUUUUACUCUUGUUACGUUUCCUUAGUGGGGGGGGGGGGGGGGUUAUAAAGAUGAAUUUAUAUUGAUUGCAGUAUUUUUACUUCAAAACAUUUGCAUUCAGAUCUUAUAUUCGUCUCAUAUUCUAAUGUUGGCUACCAUAUCAAUAACGACUUUGUAAAACAUUCUCAGUGAAAAGUCGCUGAAAGGUUUGGAUUGUACUUGUACUGUUCCACUUUACUAGUAAAAUAUUUGAUUACUGGGGUUGACGGAGAAUAUUUCAUGUUUAACUUGGAUUGGGAGUUGUAGGUUUCAUCUGUGAAAUGUCUUGUUUAUGUUCAAUGCAAUGGUGUAACAUAGGGAUAGUAGACAAUGAUUAGAACCUGUCUGCCUUUGUCUAAGUUCGACCGUAAGACAUAGGAGCAGAAUUCAGCCAUUCAGUCCACAAAGACAGCUCUGCCAUUCCACCGUGGCUGGUUUAUUAUCCCUCUCAACACCAUUUUCCUGCCUUUUCCCUGUAACCCUCGAUACCCUCACUAAUUAAGAACCUAUCAACCUUAACCCUUUGGCUAAAGAAAUUCCUUCUCAUCUCUGUUCUAAAGGGCAUGCUUCUAUUCUGAGGCUGUGCCUUCUGGUCCUAGACUCACCCACUAUAAGCAACAUCCUCUCCACAUCCAUUCUAUCGAGGUCUUUCAAUAUUUAAUAGGCUUCAUGAGAUCCCCACCCCCUUAUUCUUCUAAACUCCAGCGAGUACAGGUCCAGAGCCAUCAAACACUCCCAGAGGCUGAUCUGAAAUACUCAUCAGAUACUCAGGCACUGAAAGAAGUAGAGAAAAUAAGGAUAGAUGAAGCAUUUCAUUAGCAUUGUUAAUGGGAUUUUGUAUUUUUACUGUUUAAAUUCCUUUUGACAGGAAAUGCAUUCCAUGGAAGGUAAAGUCAAGACUGUUAUGUACAGUAGCAAACCUAGAGUCCGUAGCCUUGAGCAGACUUUAAAUUUUUUGUAAUUUUAUUUGGAUAUACAGCGUAGAAUGGACCCUUCCAGCCCUUUGAGCCUUGCCGCCCAACAACCCCUGAUUUAACCCUAGCCUAAUCACGAAACAAUUUACAAUGACCAAUUAACCUACUGACUGGUGCGUCUUUGGACUGUGGGAGGAGACUCCCGGAGCAUCUGGAGAAAACCCACGCGUUCCAUGGGGAGGAUGUUCAGACUCCUUACAGAUGACGUUGGAAUUGAACAUUUCCACCUGUUCAGAACUGCUAUUUCUGUUUGCUGUUGACACUUGGCUGAAUUUUACCAUAUUCCCCCUCAUCCAUGUGGGGAAGAAAUCUUUACAGCAAAAUGUCAGAUCAGAGCUUUGGUAAAAUCAAUUUUAAAAGAGUUUAUUUACAUUGAGAAAUAAAAUCCUCUGUUGUAUAGAGGUGCAGCAUUCCUCUUUAUAUAAUAUGUGUAAUUUACUGACUGUUGCACAUUGUGUUCUGUUUGGUAAUAGGGUAAAUAGUUUAAAAGAACGGUGAAUCUGCCAUCUAUGGAAUGUUGCUUCUGCUGCAUUGCUUGAUUAUACCUUCCUGAUGGUUCAAAUAAACAGGACAAAUUCUCAGA